CAGUUCCCGCUUAGGGACGUGCCCAGCGCGGGCUCCCGGACUGCUUGGCCCCCCCGCAGCCCCCCCGUCCACGCCCGGCUCCUCCUCCUCCUUCCCCGAGGUGAGGGAGUCGGCUCCGGAAGCCCCGGCGCCCCCGCCCUGAACUCCACUGGCGCUUUGGAGAGGGCGGUCCGCGCUGGAUUGCGCCACGAGGAGCCGGAGCUCCCAGCCGCCGCCAGUGCCUCAGAAUCCCCCGACCGCCGCUGAGCCCCACCGAUCCCGGGCCCCCUCCCCCGCCCACCCCUUCCCGGAACCCCCCACAGAACCCGAGCCCCCGCGCCCCUGCAUCCCGGGCGCGCCACGGCCAUGGCCAUGCGCGGGGCGCCCCUGCUCGGCUGCCUCCUGGUGCUGCUGGCGCUGUGCCCCGGGGGGCGCCCGCAGACGGUGCUGACCGACGACGAGAUAGAGGAGUUCCUGGAGGGCUUCCUGUCGGAGCUGGAGCCUGAGUUCAGGGAGGACGACGUGGAGGCCCCGCCGCCCCCCGAGCCCACCCUGCGUGUCCGCAAGGCCCAGACGGGGGUGGCCAGAGAGGCGCCUUUAGAAAAGGCCAAAGACAGAGGAAAGAAAGGGAAGGAUAAAGGCCCCAAGACCACCAAGAAACCCCUGGAAGGGUCCCCCAGGCCACCCAAGAAGCCCAAGGAGAAGCUACCCAAGGCCACCAAGAGGCCCAAGGAGAAGCCACCUAAGGCCACCAAGAAGCCCCUGGAAGGGUCUCUGAGACCACCCAAGAAGCUCAAGGAGAAGCCACCCAAGGCCACCAAAAAGCCCAGGGAGAAGCCACCCAAGGCCACCAAGAGGCCCCUGGCUGGCAAGAGGCCUCCCACUCUGACCCCCUUGGAAACCCCGUGGUGGCCACUGCCCCUACCCCCUAGCUCCAGCCCUGAGGAGCUGCCGCAGGAGGGAGGUGGGGCCCUCCCACAUCCCUGGCAGGGUCCAGGAGGAGAGACUGAUGGGGAUCAUCAGCCUGAGCCAGAGGAGGUGACCGAGCAGCCCACGCUGGACUACAACGACCAGAUAGAGAGGGAGGAUUACGAGGACUUUGAGUACAUCCGGCGCCAGAAGCAGCCCAGGCCACCCCCACGGAGGAAGCCCCAGAAGCCAGAGCCUGGGCACCCUGAGAAGGAGAGCCAGCCUCCCCGGCGCAGGGCUGAGGCCCCCGAGGAGGGGAUCGAGCCACCUCUGAAGCCACUGUCACUCCCACCACCCCCCGACUAUGGGGAUGGCUAUGUGAUCCCUAACUACGAUGACAUGGACUAUUACUUCCAGCUCCCCAGGCCCCAGAAGCCUGACUCUGACUUGGAGACAGACGAGGAAAAGGAGGGGCUGAAGAAACCCAGAAAGGAGGGCAGCAACCCCAAGAAAGAGGAACCAGAUGACAAAUGGACAGUGGAGAAGGGCAAGGACCAUAAAGGACCACAGAAGGGUGAGGAGUUGGAGGAGUGGGUGCCAACAGAAAGAGUCAAGUGCCCCCCCAUCGGGAUGGAGUCACACCGCAUUGAGGACAACCAGAUCCGGGCAUCCUCCAUGCUGCGCCAUGGUCUGGGGGCUCAGCGUGGCCGGCUCAACAUGCAGGCUGGAGCCACUGAGGAUGACUACUAUGAUGGGGCAUGGUGUGCCGAGGAUGACCCUCAGACCCAAUGGAUCGAGGUGGACACCAGAAGGACCACCAGGUUCACAGGCGUCAUCACCCAGGGGCGCGACUCCAGCAUUCAUGACGACUUUGUGACCUCCUUCUUCGUGGGCUUCAGCAAUGACAGCCAGACGUGGGUGAUGUAUACCAAUGGCUACGAGGAGAUGACCUUCCACGGGAAUGUGGACAAGGACACGCCCGUGCUGAGUGAGCUCCCGGAGCCAGUGGUGUCCCGCUUCAUCCGCAUCUACCCCCUCACCUGGAAUGGCAGCCUGUGCAUGCGUCUGGAGGUGCUGGGAUGCCCGGUGUCCCCAGUCCAUAGCUAUUAUACACAGAAUGAGGUAGUGACCACAGACGACCUGGACUUCCGGCACCACAGCCACAAGGACAUGCGCCAGCUGAUGAAGGUGGUGAAUGCGGAGUGCCCCACCAUCACCCGCACAUACAGCCUGGGAAAGAGCUCUCGUGGGCUCAAGAUCUACGCCAUGGAGAUCUCAGACAACCCCGGGGAUCAUGAACUGGGAGAACCUGAAUUCCGCUACACAGCCGGGAUCCAUGGCAAUGAGGUGCUGGGCCGGGAGCUGCUGCUACAGCUCAUGCAGUACCUGUGCCACGAGUACCGCGAUGGGAACCCCCGUGUGCGCAGCUUGGUGCAUGACACGCGCAUCCACCUGGUGCCCUCGCUCAACCCUGAUGGCUAUGAGGUGGCAUCGCAGAUGGGCUCUGAGUUUGGGAACUGGGCGCUGGGGCUGUGGACCGAGGAGGGCUUUGACAUCUACGAAGACUUCCCAGAUCUCAACUCUGUGCUCUGGGGAGCUGAGGAGAGGAAGUGGGUCCCGUACCGGGUCCCCAACAAUAACCUGCCCAUCCCUGAACGCUACCUCUCCCCAGAUGCCACGGUGUCCACAGAGGUCCGGGCCAUCAUCACUUGGAUGGAGAAGCACCCCUUCGUGCUUGGGGCGAACCUGAAUGGUGGCGAGAGGCUUGUGUCCUACCCCUACGACAUGGCCCGCACGCCCAGCCAGGAGCAGCUGCUGGCUGCAGCCAUGGCGGCUGCCCGUGGAGAAGAUGAGGAUGAGGUAUCCGAAGCCCAGGAGACCCCAGACCAUGCCAUCUUCCGCUGGCUGGCCAUCUCCUUUGCCUCUGCCCACCUCACCAUGACUGAGCCCUACCGGGGAGGCUGCCAAGCACAGGACUACACAAACGGCAUGGGCAUCAUCAAUGGGGCCAAGUGGAAGCCCCGAUCUGGGACUAUGAACGACUUCAGUUACCUGCACACCAACUGCCUGGAGCUCUCCAUCUACCUGGGCUGUGACAAGUUCCCCCAUGAGAGCGAGCUGCCCCGGGAGUGGGAAAACAACAAGGAGGCACUGCUCACCUUCAUGGAGCAGGUUCACCGAGGCAUCAAGGGCGUGGUGACUGAUGAGCAAGGCAUCCCUAUUGCCAACGCCACCAUCUCUGUGGGCGGCAUCAAUCACGGCGUGAAAACAGCAGGAGGUGGUGAUUACUGGCGUAUCUUGAACCCGGGUGAGUACCGCGUGACAGCCCACGCAGAGGGCUACACUCCCAGUGCCAAGACCUGCAACGUGGAUUAUGACAUCGGGGCCACUCAGUGCAAUUUCAUCCUGGCUCGCUCCAACUGGAAGCGCAUCCGGGAGAUCAUAGCCAUGAACGGGAACCGACCCAUACUGCGCAUUGACCCCUCACGCCCCAUGACCCCUGAGCAGCGCCGCAUACAGCGCCGCCGCCUGCAGUACCGGCUGCGAAUGCGCGAGCAGAUGCGGCUCCGGCGCCUCAACGCCACUGUGAGCCCAGUGCACCCGACCCCGACCCUCUCCCCCACCCACUCCCUGGCCCCCGGCCCCACCCCCAGCGUCGGGCCCUGGCACUCUACGGCGGCCCCCACAGCUGCCUGGGAGGAGGCAGAGACCGAGACCUACACGGAGGUGGUGACGGAGUUUGCAACGGAGCCGGGGCCCGAGGAGGAGAAGGUGGUCCUGGGCCCAGAAUUGUUCUUCACCACAGCCGAGACUUACACAGUGAAUUUCGGGGAAUUUUGAGGCAGGUCUGCCCACGCCCACACCCAUGCUGGUGUCAUGUCGCCACAGCUGGCCUGGAGCCAUCAGGGCAGGGGAGGCCCCUGGUGUGGACCAGGCCAGGAGAGGAUGUGACGAGACCAAGACUUAAAGAUCAGGGUCUACCCUGCCUGCCAGCCUCAGAGAAGAGGGGCCACCACAGUGCAGGGUGGGGGCAGGCUGAGUAAACCCAGGGCCUUCAGCCACCUGCCCAGGCAACACCAAUAAACCAAGCUCAUGGCAGA